AUGGAAUUCAUGAGAGUAACGGAAGAGGUUCUUCGACAACAUUGGAAACAAAUUUUACAAAUAUUUCAAAAAUCUUUAGUUGAUCAAGAUGAUAUCAGUUGUGUAAUAUCACAUUUUCAUCACGCAGUCACUUUACUUACUAAUGAAGUCGCUAGUCACGAUCGUCCCGGUCCUGUACUCUUAUAUUUUAUUUCGGAAUCUAUACUUGAUACAUUCUUUAUUUGGUCAUUAAGUUGUCCGGAAUAUGCAUCUGAACUUAAAUAUCAUCAAUUACGUUGUUUUGAAUUUCUUCUUAGUCCAUUUCUCCGAACAAUAUUUUCCAAAUUAGAAAAUAUGUUACAAAAUCCUUUACAUGUAAAUCUUUUAUUAACUGGUAUAAUCUCACGAUUAGCACAUUAUUCUCAACCAUUAUUACGUUCAUUAUUAUUGAAUCAUAGUCUUGUACUCGAAACAAAUGUCAAAUCACUUUUUCAAAUUCUUUCAAAUCUCAAAUCAAAACUUGAAACUAUUUCUCAAACAUAUAAUGAUUUUAAUAAUCUUGUUCAAUUAGCUCAUGAAACAUUAUAUCAAAGAGAAAAUAAUACUAAAGAAUCUGAGGAAUCAUCUAGACGAACACGUUCUCCAUCACGUACACGAUCAAAAUCAGCUGAUCCUGGAAAAGAACCUGUCUCAAAACGAACACGUAUUAUGAACUUUUUUCGUGGUCGUAGUCGAGUAUCCGAAAGAGUAGAUAAUAAUAUCAAAGAACGUGAUUAUUCUCAAGUAACAUUAAUUGAUAAAACAUCAAUGAAGUUUAUUAAUAUUCGUGAAAAUCAUCAAUCUGUAUCUGUAAGUGAAUGGGAUGAUCCUAAAACACGUAAUAUUGCUUAUUGUGCUGUUAUAUUUAAUGAAUUUCUCAAAGAACUUGCCGCUAUUACAUUAGAACAUAGCGUACAACAAUUUGAUGAUGAUCAAAUAUUUGACGAUAUUUCAUCAAUACAAUUAUUAUAUUAA